AUGUCUACUGAAACUUUAAGGAUUUUGUUAGAUAAUAAUUUACUAAAUCCACAAACGAUGUUAUCUGAUUUACGUGACAAAUAUCAGAAUUUUAUCAGAAAUUCAGAUACAAAGUCAAAUCAUCUCAAUCAACAUGAUAAUGAAUGGACGCCAACAACAGUAUUUGAAACGAAUUCGAUAAAUCCAUUAAUUGAAAUGAUAAAUGAAUCUAAAAAUUUGACAAUUUUGCCACUAUCAAAUGAAAAAAUGUACACUAUUGAAUUUUAUUGUGAUAAUCGUUUACCAGUAUUUAAUGAAUGGCAGAAUGAAAAUGCAUUCAAAUUUUAUCGAACAACAUGGUCAAAUGGUAUUCCUAUUCUUGUUAAAAAUAUUCAUUGUAAUUUAAAUUUAACAUUAUAUGAACCAAACAAAUUAAAAGAAUACAUGUUAGAACAAAUUCAUUUAUUCAAAAAAAAUAAAAGAAAAACUGAAAAUAUUAUGUUUUAUGAUUCUAAUGAUCAUAUACAGAUUUUAUGUGAUAGUGAACAGAAAAUUGAAGAAUUUUGGAACGGUUUUAUGAAUAUAAAUGAAACUAUAACAAUGAGAAAUAGAAAUGGUCAAAAAAGACCAUUAAAAACUAUCGACUGGCCAUCAACAAGUGCUUUUCGAGAAAAUUUUCCCACAUGGUACCAAGAUUUUAUGAAAAAUAUACCGUUUCCUCAGUAUACAGCCGAUGGAUGUUUUAAUCUUGUUCAAUAUUUGUCUAAGGAGGAUCUUAAACCAGAUCUUGGACCAAAAUUCUAUAUUGACUACGAAAAUUCAGAUGUUGAAUUGAAAUGUGGCACAGCGAAUCUUCAUAUCGAUUCAUCAGAUUCUGUUAAUGUUCUUGUGUAUGUUAACAACGAUAGUAGAAAUAAUAAUGAUAAUAUCGAACAAUUGAUUCGUUCAACAGUCACUGAUGUAAAACAACUGGAACGAAUAAAAUAUGAUACAGCUGGAGCAAUAUGGAAUAUAUUUCGAGCGAGUGAUGUGCCAUUAAUUGAAGAAUAUAUAAGAAAAACGAGGCGAAAAGCUUGUGAACAAAAACGAACACUAGAUCGUAAUAUAAUCCACGAUCAGCGAUUUUAUCUUCACACACAUGAUAUUGAAAAACUGGAAUUAUUUUAUGGUAUAAAAUGCUAUACGAUCAUUCAAUGCUUGGGAGAUGCUAUUUUUAUACCUGCCGGUGCUCCACAUCAGGUUAGAAAUAUUCGUUCUUGCAUUAAAAUAGCCGUAGAUUUUAUAUCACCAGAAAAUGCUGAUCGUUGUCUUUUAACAACACGUGAAUUUCGCUGUUUACCACGUUCAUACUUAAAUGAGUCUGAUAUUCUACAAACGAAGAAUGUUUUGUUUCAAGCCAUGCGUUACUCCUUGCAUGUAAUAAACCAAGAUGAGAAAAUCUCGCAUUAGAAAUAAACUCACUACUUCAUGGAAAAGCUUUUGUUAAUAAAAGUGAGCUAUGUUGUACAAUUUAUUCAAAUAUUUUUAAAGAUACUGUUGACCGAGACAAAUAUUUAUACCAUAACGAUUAAAUUUUCUUUGUACACUACCAUGGAAGACAAUUAAAACCGUUCAUUCGGCACCAUGUAUAAUGUCUAUUAUGAAACAUGUUUGAUAUCGUGGUUAUCAAUGGCAAAUGUGUGGUCACAAGGCCUACGAACAGACAUGUGCCUUACUAUUCUUUAUACCUAGAUAUAUAUACAUGUGAGAUGUGCUGUUAUAUGUAUCGCAAUAAAUGGUUUAGUCUAAUGUUUAUUUUGUUAAAUAUUGUAUUUUAUGCAGAAAUAAUAUUUACAACAUAUUUCAUUCGAAAUAAAUAAUAACCCAGCAACGAAACUUGCCAGUUAUGUGAAAAGACAGGUUAGAUUGCGUUCCAAGAUUCGUGUAGAUGUUACAGUUGCCUACGAAAUAAACAUACUCACUAAUGUAAAACUUAUUGCUAUUUCUUAUUACUACUACACAGGUUUGAAGAUCACACUAAACUUUUUCAUACACGUGUUUUUUCCAUUAACACGACGAAUUUAGGUAUGCAUCGGUUACGGUUAUAACCGCUGUAACCGAAACUGGUAAAAUGAAUAAACAGUCAUAUGAAUAAGAACGGUAGAAGUAACAUAGUUCCACCAGUGUCUUUGGAAGAGUGCAUAUUAUUCAGGUUGAUUCUAAUACAAUAACGUUUCCAUCAUUCAUGUCAACUUCCUUCCACGUCAUUAACAAUUCAACAACUAACACUACGUUUCGCUCUCUGGAAUAUAUUAAGAAAUCAUCAACAAUUCGGUAUUGUUAAUUAGUAAACAUAAGAAAAGCAAAAUGGCUCUUUUCGAAUUGAGACCACCUUUUUGCACUCACUCUCACCUGGUUGCCCUUUGAUGUUUGUUUGCUGUAAUUAAGACUUCCAAACUUUUUGAUAAAAAAUGAUCUCAAUUAGAAAACUCGGCAAAAAUGGUAUACAGGAUUUACUUUCCGAGGAUUUACUUUCCGAUGAUUAAUUUUUAUUCUAAUUAGCUUUUUUCUUAUAGAAAAGGAGAUAUCUAUGUUUUUUUUCCUAUAGCGGAUUUACUUUCCGAUGAUUAGAUAAAAUAUCUUUAUUAAUUAAACAGUCUGAUAUAUAGGGAUUUACUUUCCCAUAAUUUGAUAACAUAUGUAUACUAAUUAAGCAGUAUAUACUUUCCACUGAUUUGGAAAAGUAUUCACUUAAUUUAUUAAUUAAUGGAUAUGAAAGAAAAACAGAAAAUAGAAAAAAAGAUCAACUU